AUGAGAGUGCAGAAGGUGUUAGAGGUCACAAGCCUGAUCCUGAAGGCACUGAUGCAAAGAGAGGCCCAGACACAGCACCACACACAGGGCCGCGGUCUGUCAGUGAGUUUACUAUGGUUAAACACAUUUAAAAAAAAGAAAAAAAAAACCUGUCUGUGUGUCCACUCAUUAGGAGAAGACACUGCAUGGAGCAGGUGUUACAGAGUGACUGCAGUGUGUGUGGUGCUGCUGUGUGUUCUCCUGCUGACUGCCAUCACAGUGCUGUGGAUCAAAUACAACAAUUUGAAGACAGAAAACGAGUUACAGAAACAUAACAACACCCUAACUAUAUUGAAAGAGCAGUUUCAGAGGGAGAGAGAUGAACUCCAGAAGUUUUCUAUACUGGGAUGGUUUUAUUUCAACUCCAGGGUUUACUACAUCUCUACUGAGCACAAGAACUGGACUGAGAGCAGACAGUAUUGCAGAGAGAGAGGAGCAGACCUGGUGAUCAUAAACAGCAAGGAAGAACAGGAAUUCAUUAAUAAACUGCUGAACUACAGAAGAGCUUGGAUUGGUCUGAGUGACAGAGACAGAGAGGGCGAGUGGAAGUGGGUGGACGAUACACCACUGAUCACUGGGUUUUGGGCAAGUGGAGAACCGAACAGUAAAGCAGGAGAUGAGGAUUGUGUUAUAACUGGUGAAUCAUCUGAUCCUAUGUUAAACUGGGGUGAUUAUUCCUGUAAUGAACAGUAUAUUUGGAUCUGCGAGAAGACAAUCUGA